AUGGCUGCCAAUAGUAAUUCUUUAACCCCAACACCAAAUCCUACACCACCCAAUGCUCAACCCGAAACACCCAUUUCAUCCCUAAAUCCCCAAAUUCCGGAUACGAACCCUAGUUCUCCACCUCGCCAAUCCUCUCAUUCCACCCCUAAUCCCGACAAUGCCACCCAAGACGCCACACCUCCCUCCCAAAAACACACCAAAUCUGCCCCUUCAGCUGUAUAUGAGACACGAAAAAUAAAAAAAUCAGUUCUCCACUCCUCUGCUUCACCGAAACAGCCUAGAGUUGAUUCCCCAAUACCCGUUAGCGCCAGAACCUGCUCUACUGCCCAAAACCCUAUCUCACCGCAGGUUUCUUCUACUUCAAUUAGGGUCCAAUCACCCCUGCAUCAUUCACCAACAGUGUCUCAAACUGCUCCAGUUAUCCCUCCAUCUGGAAGUCAGGUAAACUCAUCUUACCCAUGGACUUUUAGGGACUUUGAAAUGAGGAAAAAUUAUGAGGCCCUUGCUAAAAAGAAAAUUUUAGCCACCAAGUACAUUGAUGAACACAGUUUUAGGGAGAUAGGGCUUUAUGAAUCUGUUAGUGAAUAUUUGAAAAAUAUAGGUUGGAGUGAUUUUGCUAGAAUUCAAGAACCUGCUUCUAGGGAAUUGACAAUUGAAUUUUUAAGCUCAUUGCAAUUGGACUUCCAGCCUAUGCAAAGUAACCAUAAGGACACCAUUUCCUUUAGGUGUUUGGGUUAG